AUGCAGCUGGAGUACGUUGUCUCGCAUAUUGGCGGAGUGCCAAAUUCCGAUAAACAGUAUCUUUUGGAGAAACAGUGGGUUUCUGAAAAAUCCCUUACCUUCCCAGUGGAAAUUGAGCUUCAUCUCCGUCAAAAGAGUGAAAUUGAGAAGAUAGAAAUUGUUGCCCAUAACAAGUUCAUACCGAAAAAAAUCUCGAUAUACUCUGGCCGAGACGAGGAAGGAUAUAUUGGGGAUGUUCAGUUUAAGAGCAGGAAAAGUGACGAUCAAAAGUAUGAGCUGAAAAAUGUGUUUCUUGAUGAAAUUUGCUCCAUGUUGCUUUUAAGUGUAUCAGAAGCCCAUGCAGAUGUUAUCAAUAAUUUGGAAUCUUUGGUUGGUCUAGUCGAUGUCAAGCUUUUUGGUAAAUAUCUCCCAUCUGACGAGCCCAUUGAAGCAGAUCCUCGAGAUUUCAAACCGGGGAUUCCGCAAAAUGUGAUUCCAGAUCACAAAUAUUCAAAAGAACUUCAAGCAAUGAUUGGUGCAAUAGAGAGGAAUAAGCAGACGGCUGUUGCGAAUGAGGACUUCAAGCUAGCAAAAUCAGCUCAACUAGCUGUUCGGGAUUUGAAGAAAUCUACAAAAGAAAUGGAAGAACUGGAAAAUGAUAAAGGCGAGGCUGUAGCUGAUGAGGAUUUUCAAAGGGCGAAUGAUCUACAAGAUGAAAUCACUGCGUUACGAUCGAAUAUCCUUGCAUCAGUUGAUCCACGGUUGCUGGAGGAUACCAUGCCGAGAAAUGAAGAGAUACAUCGGCCAAAAAAUCUCUUCCCAGAGAACUCGGAGCUGCCUUCCAAACCGAAGCUUUAUCAACCAGUUGACCUUUCCCCAACUGAAGUUCAAGCUGAUCCAUCUACUGCAUUCCUUCUCCCACCUAGACCACCUUCUUCCAGUUCUUCCAGAAGAACUGUAACCCCGAAAAGACCCCAAACAAAUGACUCCGUGUCAACUAGAAGAAGUAGUACAACUUGGGAAGUUCCGAUUCGGCCGACUACUAUGAACUCUCAAAUUUCAAGAAAAAGGACUCCAUCACCAGUUGUCAGAAAGGCUCCGAGUUCUUCAUCAUCGAAUUCCACUUCUUCUUCUUCAAGACGAAGAAGCAAUAGUAUUGGAAUGGGAACAAAUAAGUUCCUUGAGAAAGAAAAUAUGAUUGUUCCAGCCGCCUUGAACAGAAAACGAUCGUCUUCUGUACAUCUAGAAUCUCAAGAUUUUGUGGAUAAAUCCACGGAUGAUAUAACUGAAGAGCAGGUUCUUUCGAUGGUUCCUCCGGAUCAGCGUGGAAAUGUUAGAUCAGCAAUUUCACUUUUUGGAUUGGAGCCUAUCGCAAAAAUCUACUCAAAACAUUUUGAAAAUCGAAAGGAAGGAAUCGAGGAAAUCCGUGAGAAAAUCGAUUCGUUGAGUGCGGAGAAAACUUCCAAAUAUUUCGAGAGCAUUAGCUGUUUGUUGGCUCAUUUGCUCAAAGAGCCACUAUUCACAGUUUACAAAGAUGUGCUUCUUCUCUGGCAUCACUUUUGUACUUCGAGGCUUCCAAAUAUGAAUCUUGAGAAGUAUAUUCAGAGAGUUGCAUCCGAGACAAGUGAAAUUCUAGCGACAAGAGUGUUGUCUAGUGAAAAACGACUAGUUUCGGAAACUUUGACAGUUUUCCGAGAUGGCUCGAAACUCCCUUCAAUCGCCAAAUCUUAUGGAACCAAAUUGCUCUCUUCAAACUCUAAAAAUCUGAAAGGAAGAGCUAUAUUGAUUGAGGUCAUUGCAAAACUCUAUGGUGUUCCGAAUGAGCCAACAGGAUUAAACGAUAAAGUGGUCGCUGGAUUUGCCACAAAGUGCAUCAGAACUUCUGAUCCACAAAUCCGAACUAUUGGAAAAGAUCUAAUGGUGAAGCUUUACAAGAAUGGAUCCAUAAAGGUCGUUCGUUCCGAACUGGAAAAGUUCGCCUCCUCUGAUUCCAACAAUCCCACUUACCAGAAGAUUGUUCGCGAAAUUUACAACUUUGACGGAAGCAGACCGAAGGCUGAAAAGAAGAAGAAAAUCUCGUUUAUGCUGUAACAUUAACAACCAAAUAAUAACAAAGAAAAACUGGAAAGUGUCUCUAUGUGA